UUGUUGUUUUAAACAUUUACAGGGAGUGCACAUGCGUUUUGGACUCUCAUAGAGGCUGCUGAGAGGUAAAAAGAUAAAGACUCCGAGAAGAAGUCGAACCCAUAAAAGUUGAAAACCUAACUAUCGAGGCUACUCCGAACUUGUGCAAGUAUUGAAGAUCUUUCUGCUACUGUGUAUGUUAUUAGAUUUUUAUCAGUCUACUACGUUAAUAUGGAUCCAGAGGCUUCAAGGAAUGCUCGAGAAUCAUUGGAACUAGCUUUUCAAAUGUCGAACAUUCUAGAAACAGGGUUGGAUCGCCACACACUUUCAGUCCUCGUUGCUCUUUGUGAAAAGGGUUUGAAUCCUGAGUCACUUGCUGCACUUGUCAAGGAGCUCAGAAGGGAACUGCAAACUAAUUCUACUACAUCUACGGUUCCUACUCUUCCUUGAUCAGGAAGAGGAUCGACCAGUUGGCAUGGCCGUGUGUAUGUGCACUGGAUAGAAUCAAUUCACCAUUCUCGAUCUUCACCGUGUACAUAUUUUGUUGUUUGCCUGCUGCUCUAGUGUUGUUAGAACAGAGAGCUUCAAGAUGGAGUUUAACAAAAGCGUCCAAGUACAACAUUUUCUUGUAAUUCUUUUCUCUUGUUAUAUUUGAAAAGAUUUAAGAUACUGCUGUGAAGAAAAUAGAAGGGUGUGCCUGCUGCCCUUGCUCUGA